UUUAAUUCAAUUAUUGUUUUAUUACACAAUAGAUCGAAAAAGAUUAAAACAAAAAAUGUAAUAACGUUUUAAAUGUUAUAUUACAAUUUGGAAAAUACUAUGUACAAUUUUUUAAUUUAAAACUACUGUCAAAGUAAUAAUACCAAAAAAAGAUUAAGAAUAAUUUAUUAUAUAUAAUAAUAAGAUUUAAUUUUUCUAUUUCGAGAGAAUUAAAUUGCAAUAUUACUGUGCUUGCAUCUUUAUGCGUGCUUGCAUUUAUGUGUUUGCAUCUAUGUACUAUGAUAUAGGGGGCCUAUUUUUAUAAAAAGAAUGUUUAAACGUAUUGUGUCUAACAUACACGAUUAUCUCAAUAAAUAUAAAAUAUAUAUAUUAAUCUCUUAACAACCAAAUAUUCUAAAAUUAAAAAUAUAACUCUCUCACUUUCACUCAAAAACAUUUAACAAUUAUUCCGAUAAGAGAUACAACUGUAAGAUAUUUACGAGAUAUAUUUUCCCAAAAAAGUAUUUUUUAAGGAUGUAAUAGAAACAUAUACAUAUGUAUAUAUGUGUGUAUAUGUAUAUUAAUAGAAAAGUGAUAGAGAGAGAGCUAACUAAAAGAAAACUUAACGCAAGAGAAGUGCGUUGAUAAAGCAAUCGACGCGUAAUGUGUUAACUGCCACACAACACACGGUAACUUGUAGAAUUUAUAGAAGAAUGUAUGUAUGUAUAUAUAUUUUAUUGCCAGGUAUCAUAAAAAAUUAUGAUGCGCAUCCCGUGAAAAUUACCGAUGUUUUACAACUAAAACUAGAAAUUGGAGAAUUAUAUAUGGCUAAUGAAAUUCUAUUCAAAUGUCGACAUAAUUUAUUUAAAUCAAAUUUUUUUUUUUUUAUUUUUAUCUAUUGUGAGAGAUAUUUUUAACUCAGUUCCUGUCAAACUUUCUACUGCAAAUAUGUUAGUAGUUCGUUGGAGAACUUUGACUUCUUUUAUUUUUUCGUUGGGAUGUUAUCCGAUAUUAUUAUUGGAUCGAACGUCACUCGAUCAAGCCAGUUGCAAAAAUCAAUUAGAAAAACAGAUAGAAUAAACACGAUGUUGAAUUUAUGUUCGACAAAUAAAAUGCGUUAACACGAGCCCCGUUUUGUCGGUCGCCGGAACAAAACCCGAAAUGCCGAACGUUCUGUUCGACGUCGAUGGCUCUUUUUUUACCCGAGAUCGAUCAAAAAUCCAUCCGACUGCCGAUCAGCGCGUGAUCGAUCGAUCGAUAUCGAAUAGAGCGUUUAUCGGGCAGGGUAAUAUAAUAAGUUAAAAUGUUAUCCGAAGUGUUAAAGAAAAAAAAAAAAAAACAGCAAAGGCGAUGGAAAUAGUGACAUACACGCUUACAAAUACACGUGAUUACAUCCACACAAACAGGUAUAUACACACACACACAUACAUACACACACACGUACAAGAUGUUAAUAAAUUGGAGAAUAAAUGUUACGAGUAUAUUUCAAAAUUUCUAUUGUCCCUUUAGUACCAUCUCAUCGAUACUGUUUAAUGGCGCGACGAAUAAAAAGCAAAAUUUUUACUAGAACUUGAUCAGUUUUUAAAGUAUAAAAUAAUCAAAUGUAUUUAAUAUUUAUUUAUAAUUACUAAUACCGCAUUACUAUUUUAGUUUUUAUAUUUCAAAAUGUUGAUGAUCACGUCUUAUAUGUAAUGACUAGACAAUAUUAUAUCUAAAUGUUUUAUCCAAUGAUAUUGCAAAAAAGAACUUGUUGAGAUAGAUCGAGAUAAGAUAAUAUAUCACAAGAGAUACGAUAUGUCACAGAUAUCGAGAUCGUGUCACCACAAGAAACGAAAACUCGAGAUUUUCUUUCGAACACAUUUUAAUAGCAAAAGAGUUUAUUUCAGAAUAAAUUCUUCAAAUUUAUAUUUUAAUAUUUUGUAAAUUUUUAAUUACUCUUUUAUGGAUUAUGAUUAAUUUUCUAGCAAAUGAGAGGAAAUUAAGCAAUAUUAAAUAUAAAAUUCUAUUAACGUCUACUUUGCGGCGCAUAUAAUCUUUUGAUACAAUGCCUUGACGGCGGAAUAAUUGCUCAAAAUCCAAGAAUUUUGUUUUGAACUUUAUAACAAAAUCUAGCAUUAAAUGAUGUGAUUUCUCCAUUUGUUGCGCUUAGCACAUAUUAUUGAUUAUAAAAUAGAGAUAAAGUCAUGAUACAAUGCCUUGACGGCGGAAUAAUUAGCUUGCUCAAAAUCCAAGAAUUUUGUUUUGAACUUUAUAACAAAAUCUAGCAUUAAAUGAUGUGAUUUCUCCAUUUGUUGCGCUUAGCACAUAUUAUUGAUUAUAAAAUAGAGAUAAAGUCAUGAGGCCUCUUAGGCUGUAUGUAUAAUUGGUCUUAUCAUGGAAGCUGUAUGAUAACCUUUUUAAAUAAUAUACACAUUGAACCAAGUCAGUGCGAUAGUAUUCAUAACCGCGGCAGAUUUCGGCGAGAGAAUAACCAUUGUGACAGUUACCGCGCGCGAUAUAACUCUCAUCAUGGAUCAUACUAAAUUCUUUUCUAAAAUCGCUACUAAACGGAAGUCCAACUUAAUUAGGCAAUUGAACGAUCUCUACCUAUCGAAGUCAAAUUGUAUAACUUUUGCUGGUGGUUUGCCAAACGUCGCUACAUAUCCUGUCGAAGAUAUUUCCCUGACAUACAAGCACGACAAUUUAAUAAAAUUUAGCAAGCCUGAAUUGACUGUAGCGUUGCAAUAUGGAAGUACACAAGGUUAUAAGCCGCUAUUGGAAAAAUGGAAGGAAUUCCAGAAAACAUGGCAUACACCAAUGCAAAAUAAUUGGGAUAUCGUAAUCACGCACGGUUCUCUGGACGCUUGUAAUAAAAUCUUUGAAAUGAUGAUCGACAAAAUAUAUGUCAAAUUGAUUUAUAACGAUCUGCUGCAGAUGCUUUUAUACAAACUCUUCGAAGCUUGGGAACCGCAAAAAUUCGAGGAACAUUUCAAAGAUAUACAAAAGUUUUAUCGGGAGCGACGUGACAUAAUGCUAGCCAUGGUUGAAAAACAUUUGACUGGUAUU